AUGAUCAUAGAAGUUAAAGCUGUCAGUGUGUUCCGCGGCCAAGCCAACCCAAGCCCUAAUCUGACUGGUCCUCGGCACCGACAGCGGAACGACCACGGCGCGAACAUGCCCAUUCCGCCCUAUACUCACAAAGAUCCAAACCAUGCAUCGACCGCAUUAUCAUUCCCAGAAGGCGGGCGAAAGGCCUGGCUCGUCGUUCUCUCCUCGUUCUGUCUAAUCGCCGCGACCUUUGGGCUAACGGGGUCGAUCGGGCUUUUCCAGGCCCACUGGCAGGCACACCAGCUAUCGUCGUACAGCUCGCGGGAUAUCGCGUGGAUCUCGUCGACGCAGAUCUUCCUCACCCUCUUUCUCGGAGUGCAGGUUGGCCCGCUGUUCGACCGGUACGGCCCGCGGUGGCUAACGUUCAUCGGCUCUGUUGGCGUCGUGGCAUACCUGCUGCUCCUGGGCGAGUGCACGGAGUACUGGCAUUUUAUGCUGUGUUUUGGGAUUCUCGGUGGUGUUAGCGGCGCUAUCUUGACUACCGUCGCCCUGUCUGUUAUCUCGCAUUGGUUUAAGGCGAGAAGAGGCCUGGCUACGGGGAUUACCUUCACCGGUACCAGUCUGGGCGGUAUCGUGUUUCCGAUUAUCCUCUCGUCUAUCCUGGAACGUAUGUCCUGGGCGUGGUCGAUGAGACUUCUAGCAUUGCUCGAGUUCGUCUUGGUCCUGAUAGGAAACCUCUUUGUACGCGGCCGUCUGCCGAUCCAGAGUUCAGGAGGUGUUGUCAACCUGUUAUGUUUUAAGGAUUCAAGGUUCGCGUGGACGACUGCCGGGAUAUCUUGCUUCGAAUUCGUGCUCUUCACGGCAAUUGGUCUUCUUCCAACGUAUGCCCUGGAGCAGGGCUUUGGCCAGCAGACAAGCUACAACGUGAUUGCAGUGAUGAACGCAGGCUCCGGUCUUGGCCGUUAUAUCGCCGGCCUGGUAGCAGACCACUACGGACGAUUCAACAGCAUGAGCGUAUCCAUUCUGAUCUCGCUCUUCGCCACCCUCGCGCUCUGGCUUCCCGCCCACCACAACAUAGGCCUCUUCUACACCAUGGUCCCCAUCUUCGGCUUCGGUUCAGGGAGCGUGAUGAGCCUGGCUCCUGUAUGUCUCGGGGAGCUGGGUGAGGUGAGCGAGUAUGGCCAGCGAUAUGGAACGAGCUAUAGUGUUGUGGGACUUGCAACCCUUAUUUCGAUCCCCAUUGCGGCGGAAUUGCAGGCGGCGGCUGGUACAACGGCGUUUGUGGCCUUUUGUGGUGGAAUGCUGGUCCUGGCGCUUUUGUCGUUUAUUGUUGCGCGGUGGGCUUGUCUUGAUUAUAAGUGGCGAGGGAAGGUUAAGAUUUGAUAGGCAUAC